AGCUCAGUGCGGAGAGAGCAAGAGCGCGAGACGAGGAGCGCGAGUGCGCGAGGCGAAAUAGAUAGAGAGAGAGAGAGAGAGAGAGAGAGAGACGUGCUGUGUCAGUGCGAGACUCGAAGCAGCUCUCCAUCCACUCGGCGCGGGAGAAGAGGCUCGCGCGACAGCGCUGCGUUCUGAAGAUGCUCCGCGCUGCGCUGCUGCUGCCGCUGCUGGUGUAUGUGUGCUGGUGUGUGUGUUUGUGCUCGGCGGUGCUGCCCGGAGCCUCCGGCCGCGACGACAGCGGCAAUUUUCUGGACGACAAAUGGCUGACAGGACGGUGGGACAAAUUUCGAGACGAAGUAGAGGAGCCUGGAUCCUGGAACCCUGGGAAGCCUUUUGAUCAAGGUCUGGAUCCUGCCAAAGAUCCCUGUUUGAAGAUAAAAUGCAGCCGACACAAGCAAUGCGUGGCUGAAGACUACAAAACACCCACCUGCGUUAGCCAGCGCAGGAUGAGUUUCACUAAGGGAAUGGGUCUGAACCCAGCACAGCUGAAGUGCAAGAGAUGUCCAGUGGUGCAUCCAUCACCGGUCUGUGGAACAGAUGGACACUCUUACUCUACCAAGUGUAAACUGGAGUAUCAGGCGUGUAUCUCUGGGAAGCAGAUUUCUGUGAAAUGCCCAGGACAGUGUCCCUGCUCAUCGCAAUUGAACAACCCUUCGGAGAAGAGAGACUGUAGUGAUGCUGAAAUGAGUGAUGUGGCAAGAAAACUGAGAGAUUGGAUCAGAGAUCAACAUGAAGGCGGGAAUCCCAGCAAGAAACUUAAGUUCCAGAAACCAGAUAAGAGGAUGGACAUGAGUAAGGUGCCUCUCUGUAAGGAUUCCCUGGGCUGGAUGUUUACCAGACUGGAUGUCAACUUUGACCUGCAUCUGGACCAAACAGAGCUCGCAGGCCUGGGUCCAGAGAAGAACGACGCCUGCAUCAAGGCCUUCCUCAGGUCAUGUGACACAGGCCGAGACCAGCUCAUCUCCAGCCAGGAAUGGUGCUUCUGCUUUCAGAGACACCAGGAUUCUCCCUGCCAAUCAGAGAUUACCAGUAUCCAUGAGCAACAAGCUGGGAAGAAGUUAUUGGGUCAGUACAUCCCCUCCUGCGAUGAGGACGGUUUCUAUAGGUCUCACCAGUGCCAUGGCAGCAGCGGCCAGUGCUGGUGCGUCGAUCGUUAUGGAAACGAGGUUGCUGGGUCACGCACGUUGGGACCAGCAGAAUGCGCUCCUGUGGUGGAAUCUUCCGGAGACUUUGGCAGCGGUGACUCCCUGCUCUCUGACGACGAGGAUGACGAUUUCCUGAACGACGAAGAGGAGGUGGGAGAUGACGAAGAAUAUGAUGAUGAUGACGAUGAUGAUGGCUACCUGUCAUAAUCCACUUUUCUUUUUUUUUCUAAAAAAAAAGGGGGAAACCAAAAAAAAGGAAGGAGAGACGUUUGUUUGGUCCUAAAGAGCAUUUUUAGGCAACACUGGCAGAAAUCAGUACUAAUAUUACUAAUGGCUUAGACAAAAAGAUAUAUCUUCCUCUCGUUGUGUAACAUUUGUACAAAAAUUAAUACAGUUAUUCAUGAUAUAAAUGCAUUUUAUUUUUCUUAUGUCGAUGUUUUUGAUCCUUAGGAUAAGUUAUCCACAGUAGCCCUUGGGACAGUAACUAGGAGUGAUCAGAAGGGUUUUGUCAGAGAUAAAAGUAUUACGCUUAGGAUUUAGCGUGGACACACACACACACACACACACACACACACACACACACACACACACAUUCACACACAGGCAUAUGUGAACACAUGGGUCCUAUUUUUAGCAAGAAACUUUUCUGUCUGAAAGGGAAGCAGGCAUACCCAGACACACGCACACAAACACACACCUGAUGGCAUGUUUCUAACCAAUUUCAUCCUUGUUUCAAAUUCGUCUGUGUAUAUGUGCGUGUGUAUAUAUUUUCCUGUACAUUGUCAGGCUGAGAUUACUGAUUAUUGCACUUUUUUGGUUUGUACUUCAACGAAAUAAACUAUGAGAUUAAUUCAUUUUUAGACGCAGAAAGAAAAUCUGCUUUAAUAAGCCAUUAUUAUCACAUAUUCAUCUGAAGUUAGUUUAGGUUGUGAGGGGAGGAUGGUCAAAACACUUCAACUCCGUGGCUGAAGAGAUAUAAUACUAACCACAUAGCAUCGCCUUUUUUGGACUUCCAGUUUGUGGACUAGGAAACCAUGGAUCAGGUAUAUUGGAGCAGGAAGAAACUUUCAAUGUCUAAAGCCCAUUUUACACAGAGUGCAGUAGCCGGUCACUUGACGCAUCAUGUGUAAUAUGCACGUGUUUCAAUCAGUGCAGCCUUUCACACCGGCCACGUGCAUCAAACUGAGUAACAGUGGUGCUGUGAACAUACCUUCUGUAUUCUUGCUAUAUUGUUCUAUGCCCAUGAUCAGCUACAUUUUAAGUUGGAGCAGCAAAACUGUACAAACUCCUAGAAGCUUCUAGACUCCACUGAAGAACCAUGCUUUCAGAAUGUUAGCAGCUAAUAGCUAUGCUAAAGUUUAUUUCAUUUGAAAACAGAACAAUGUCAAAAGCGUAUUUUGCUAACACAACUUGACGUGCGAGUUGCGUCCAGUGUGAAAUAGGAAGCGUUGAGGAACAGUGUAGGCUUGCUGUGUGUGCCGCGUUGCUUCUAGUGUAAAAUUAGCUUAACAAACACAGUUUUUCAUUGUUAUCUGUUACCCGUUAGCAGUCCGAGGAUGUGCGGUGCCUUUGAGUGGAAAAGAGAGAGAGCAAGUUUCUGGCGAUGUUGUAAAAGGUUUUAGCUUAAAAGUUUGACUGUCAUACACCAGAGAGGGCCUCACCUCUAUAUGAAGUCUCUGUGUUUUGGUUUUUGGUAGGAGAACGUGUAUGCAUAUAGUUUGUACCUUACUGUUAAAAAAAAAAAAAAAAAAAAUACUGUUCCAACAUACAGUUAUAGAUGUUCAACCUCGAACGUGUCCUAUGUGUUGUUUGUUGACUUGUUUGCAUUCUUGGAUUUGAUUUGGACUUUUUUUUUUUUUUUUUUAUUCGUUAGCGAUCUUGCACUCCAAGCUAUGAGAUUUUCCUUCUGCAGACACUUUUGAUCAUUAUCGUGUUCUGCGAAAUUUCCCGCUUGUUCAAGUUUGGAAUUGUUGGCGGAGGUGCUAGGAGGGGGGAAGAACAGGACCUUCAUUUCCCAUGUCCACAUCUGUCCAGCUAUUGUCAUAGAAGUGACAAAUACAUUUUUCUUUUUUCUUUUUUUUACAGUGUAUGUAAUAUUUGCUGAUAAUAAAGUUCUAUUGACCAGAG